CAGGCCUUAUUUGGCAUGAAAGGAGGAGGCGGCGAUCGGCAUCAUCACAAGGACGCCAUUGUCAUGCACGCCGCCGGCAAGGCGCCCAAGUGCAAGGCUUCCUUCUUCCUCUGCAGCCUCCUCCUCUACUUUCUCCUCCCGGUGCUCGCCCUGUACGUCGUUGCCCUCGCCGUGUCGCCGUUCUACUCGGGUAGCUCGUGCCCGGAGGAGAGCCUUGCCAGUGGCGACGUUGCACAUCUCGCGGCCGCCGGCGAUGCUGGCAACAGGCGUAACGACUCGUCGCCGCCGUCUGAUGACGCCGCGCCGACCGGGCUGGGUCACAUUGUGUUCGGCAUUGCCGCCUCUUCGGAGCUCUGGAAGAGCCGGAGGGAGUACAUCAGAACAUGGUGGCGGCCGGAGCAGAUGAGCGGGUUCGUGUGGCUGGACAAGCCGGUGUACGAGUUCUACUCGAGGAACGCUUCCACGGGGCUUCCCGGAAUCAAGAUCAGCGGGAACACGACCAAGUUCCCGUACACGCACGGCCGCGGCAGCCGGUCGGCGCUGCGGAUCACCCGCAUCGUGUCGGAGAGCUUCCGGCUGGGCCUCCCCGGCGCGCGGUGGUUCGUGAUGGGCGACGACGACACGGUGUUCUUCCCGGACAACCUCGUGGACGUUCUGUCCCGGUACGACCACACGCAGCCGUACUACAUCGGGAAUCCGUCGGAGAGCCACAUCCAGAACCUCAUCUUCUCGUACGGCAUGGCGUUCGGCGGCGGCGGGUUCGCCAUCAGCCGCGCCCUGGCCGCGCAGCUGGCGCACAUGCAGGACGGGUGCAUCGACCGGUACCCGGCGCUCUACGGCAGCGACGACCGCAUCCACGCGUGCGUGGCGGAGCUGGGCGUGCCGCUGACGCGCCACCUGGGUUUCCACCAGUGCGACCUGUGGGGCGACGUGCUGGGCCUCCUGGGCGCGCACCCGGUGGUGCCCCUGGUGACGCUGCACCACCUGGACUUCCUGCAGCCGGUGUUCCCGACGACGAGGUCGCGGACGGCGGCGCUGAGGCGGCUGUUCGAGGGGCCCGCGCGGCUGGACUCGGCUGGCGUGGCGCAGCAGUCGGUGUGCUACGACGGCGACAAGCAGUGGACGGUGUCGGUGUCGUGGGGGUUCGCGGUGGUGGUGACGCGCGGGGUGCUGUCGCCGCGGGAGAUGGAGAUGCCCAUGCGCACGUUCCUCAACUGGUACCGCCGCGCCGACUACACGGCGUACGCCUUCAACACGCGGCCCGUGGCGCGCCAGCCGUGCCAGACGCCGCAGGUGUACUACAUGCGGCAGUCCCGCCUCGACCGCCGCCGCAACACCACCGUCACCGAGUACGAGCGCCGCCGCGUCGCGCCCGUCAAGUGCGGCUGGCGCAUCCCUGACCCUGCCGCGCUGCUCGACCGCGUCAUCGUCCUCAAGAAGCCCGACCCCAACCUCUGGAAAAGGUCUCCGAGGAGGAAUUGCUGCAGGGUGUUGUCGUCACCCAGGCAAGGGAAGGACCGGAAGAUGACCAUCGAUGUUGGCGUCUGCAGGGGCGGCGAGUUCGCCAGAAUUGAGGUAGCCAGGGAAGCUAGCUAGGAUCAGUUGCUAGGACAGCAAAACGAGAGCAGAAGGCGAAAACCAUCAAGCAUCAAGGACGGUAUCGGAGCAGGACGCGCCCACCUCGCGGCGGUGCACGGCGGAUCGCUCGGUUACUGCUUGCUUCGGCUAAUGAUAGCUGUAACCUUAGAUAAUAGGUGUAUGUAAGUAACCGAACUCACCUUGAUACAACACUGUGCCGGCGAGAAUGUGGCGCACUUGUGGGCGUUGUACAAGUACGGGCAGUGCUGCUGCGAACGGCGACAGGCUUGUUUGUUUGUGAGCCCGUCGACUGUCGAGGUGUUCAAAUAAUCUGGCAAACAGGUGAAGACCAGAGGCUACGAGUGUUCAAAUAGCCCAUGGGCAAUUUUCAAAAAAAAAAAGAAAGCUCAUGGGCCAUGUAUCAACUAACUGAUGAAUAAGUUCACUUUGUCGCAGAGUAUGAAAUUCAUCGAGUUACAAUGGGAUA